CCUGAACCCAACUCCUAUUGCACAAUCCCAUAUUCACGUUCACGCGUUCACUCGCAGAAACACAGAGUCGCAUAUUCACUUCAAUUGGCCUGCUUCCCUCGACGUCGCCGCUGCUGCUUCUACUAAGUCACGCCGCUGCUUCUCUCUUUCGAUACUGCUCCUGUCUCGCCGCUGGUUCUCGCCGCUGGUUCUCCUCCUCCAUCGCCGUAGCAUCUGUCUCCACGGUCAAGACACAGAGACUAGCUUUUUUCUGCAAUCAUGUCCCUGAAUCUGAUUAAGCCUAAAGCAAAAUUGCAUAAUUGCCAGAUUCAAAUGAUCUCUGCAACUGCUAAAUGCUAAUUAUUUAGCUGCAUCACUAAUUGUUUCUCCAGCCUAAAUUUUCGUUGCCACCUGACUCUAUUUCAACUCUGAAGAAACCCAAAUAUGCUUUCCCUUCAACGCUUAGCAGUUAUUACCAUAAAGAGAGCAACAUCCAUCUAUGGACUCAUCUCCACAAUUCCAAGAACGCAUUUAGAUUCAACCACCCUUUGCAAUUCCCUAUCCACCAAGUCCACCAAAAAUGACAAUGAUGAAUGGAAUGAUGCUUGGGAAACCGCCUGGCUGCCAGACGAUCUCACCGCCAAAAACAGAGCUCCAUGGGAGAAGGAUGUGAAUUUCCCAUCCACAGACUCAGGGGUGGUGCUGUCUCCGGAGGUGGACGCAGAGACCAAGGCAUUUGUGGAGGAAAUGAACGAAAACUGGAACGAGAGGCGGCAAGCAACCAAGACUUGUCAACAACAGCAGCAAGAUAAGGAAGAGAAGAGAGGUAUUGAGGAUGGGACUUCACUUUAUAGUUUGGAGAAUAUGAAGAAGGAUUACAGGCUAAAGAAGCAGAGGAUCCAUGCGGGGUUAUGGAUGAAGGAGAUUGAGAAGCAACAGGAGGCUAAGUUGGGAGAUUCAGGUCUAGGUUCUGCAGAUGAUAUUGACAGAUUGCUUGAUAGCUGUUCUGAGAUUUUUGAUACUGCCAACAAUGACUUGGACAUCUCAAGAGCCCCAAGCUCUUCAGAGUUUAAAAGCAAGCCUGAUGGUUGGGAAACUACAGCUAAGGAGCAAGAUGGGAAUAUAUGGGAGAUGUCACAAAGGGAAGAAGAUAUUCUCCUCCAAGAAUUUGAUCGUCGAAUUGCAUACAGCAAAUUCCAGAUUGCUAGUUUUAUCAAGACACACAUAUUUAGCCGGAGAAGGCCAAUUGAUGGAUGGAAAUACAUGAUAGAGGAGCUGGGACCAAAUGCCAAGAAAGGGAAAGGUAGUGUCUCAAGGAUACCAACUCUUUCCGACGCAUCUACUCAACCUUUCAAGGAAGAGAGGACACAAGUUGCCAACAAUUUCAUGCCCUUGAAUAGGAAGUAAUUGCAGUUUCCAAUUUUGCAAUUUUGUUUUAUAAAUGUGAAUGGUUUGAUAAGGCUUAUGCAUUAUUCCCUGUAUUUUAGAAGUAAGCUACUUAGUCCUUAUAAUUUUAGAAAGCUAACGAAAUAGUCCAUACUGUGAGAAAUGCAGCUCUAGUUCUUUUAUUUCAUCCACAAUUUAGUCUUUGUAA